CCUCAAGCACACAAGCAUCAUGAAGACUCUGGUUGUAUUGGCAGUGCUGGGCGUGUGCUCCGCCUCCCUCCAGCAGGCCUACAACCACGGCUACAACUACGUCCAGCCUCGGUACGUCGGACCCUUGGCAUCCACCGUCCCCGCCGGCGUCGACGGAACCAUCACUCCCGUGUCUGAUACCUACGAAGUGGCCGCCGCUCGUGGCGCCUUCUUCAGGGCCUACCAGGAUCAGCUGGCGACCAUCGCCGCCCUCCGCUACGGUGCUCCCGCCACCCACUACGCCGUGCACAGUGCGCCAGCUGUGCACACCGCCUUCCCAGCUGGUUACUCCGCCGGCCCCGUCGUCCACCAGGCUGCCCUCAGUUACGGCGUCCCCGGCCAGGUCCGCGACACCCCCGAAGUGUCGGCCGCCAAGGCUGAGUUCUUCCGCCUGUACAACCAGCAGGCAGCAGCAGCAGCCGCGGCGCCAGACUAUGAUGCUCAUCACAACUACUGAAUCGAAAUUAAACCCUAAAGCAAAUGAAAUUAGAAUUAGAAGAAAAUGUAUACUGGCGUGUAUAUAGAAAAUAAAUUGUCGUAGCAUCAUUCA